UGAGUCUGAGAGUGUGAGAGUGUGAGUCCGGCUUUUGUAGUUAAAUCUGAACACACCUGGUGCCUCCUGCAUUGGAUUUGUUGGUUAGUGCUAGUUCCAUUGCUUGAGCUAGUGAUAUCCCGCCCUACAGCGUUCUCGUUCCAUUUCCACCCAUUGAACGCCCCAUCCUCAUCCAACCUCAUCAUGGUGUCUUUGAAUCCUGUGCGCGUGUUGAAGCACGAGGCUGACGAGGAGAAGGCCGAAACGGCCCGUCUGUCCUCGUUCGUGGGGGCCAUGGCCAUCGGCGACCUCGUCAAGAGUACCCUGGGGCCCAAGGGCAUGGACAAGAUCCUCUGGGGCAUGGGACGCAACGAAGGCGAAGUCCAGGUUACCAAUGACGGUGCCACCAUCCUCAAGGCCGUUGGCGUGGACAACCCGGCCGCCAAGGUCCUGGUCAACAUGUCCCGCGUCCAAGACGAUGAAGUGGGCGACGGCACCACCUCCGUCACCGUCCUGGCCUCGGAAUUGAUCCGCGAGGCGGAAAAGCUCAUUGACAUGCGCAUUCACCCGCAGACCGUGGUGGCCGGAUGGCGCCUGGCCUCCAAGGUGGCCUUAAACGCAUUGGAAACGGCCGCACUCGAUCACGGUUCGGAUGCCGAAAAGUUCCGCGAGGAUCUCAUGAACAUUGCCCGUACCACGCUCAGCUCCAAGAUCUUGUCCCAACACAAGGACUUCUUCUCGAAGAUGGCCGUGGAUGCCGUGAUGCGCUUGAAAAAGUCCGGCAACUUGGACGCCAUUCAGAUCAUUAAAGUGCCCGGCGGCACCUUGGAGGAGUCCUUUUUAGACGAAGGAUUCCUCUUGGACAAGAAACCCGGUGUGCACCAACCUCAGAAAGUGGAAAAGGCCAAGAUCCUGAUCGCCAACACGCCCAUGGACACGGACAAGAUCAAGGUGUUCGGAUCGCGGGUGCGCGUCGAGAAUGUGGCCAAAGUGGCCGAGAUCGAGGUGGCCGAGAAGGAGAAGAUGAAGGACAAGGUGGACCAGAUCUGUCAGCAUGACAUCAACGUGUUCGUCAACAGACAGCUCAUCUACAACUACCCCGAGCAGCUCUUUGCCGACAAGGGAGUCAUGGCCAUUGAACACGCCGACUUUGACGGCAUUGAACGCCUGGCUCUCGUCACAGGUGGCGAGAUCGUGUCCACCUUCGGCAAUCCAGAACUGGUCAAGGUCGGCAAAUGUGAUCUGAUUGAACAGGUUCACAUUGGAGACCACACGCUGCUGAAGUUCAGUGGAGUGCCUUUGGGCGAGGCCUGCUCGAUCGUUCUUCGCGGAGCCACCGAGCAGAUCAUCAACGAGGCCGAGCGAUCCCUUCACGACGCCCUCUGCGUGCUCACCUCCACCGUCAAAGAGACCCGAACCGUCUUCGGCGGAGGCUGCAGUGAAAUGCUCAUGGCCAAUGCGGUGGAGAAGAAAGCGUCCGAGACGCCGGGAAAGGAGGCACGUGCCAUGGAGGCGUUCGCCACUGCCUUGCGCCAACUGCCCUCGACCAUCGCCGAGAAUGGUGGCUUCGACGCCGCCCAACUCGUCUCCGAGCUCCGAGCCUUGCACACCCAAGGCAAAAUCACUAUGGGACUGGACAUGAACGCGGGCAGUGUGGGGGACAUGGCUCAAUUGGGCAUCACUGAAUCGUUCUCGGUGAAGCGACAAGUGCUGCUUUCGGCCUCGGAAGCCGCGGAGAUGAUCUUGCGCGUGGACGACAUCAUUCGGGCGGCGCCCAGGAAGCGAGUCCAAGACCGCGGUCAUUGCUAGAGAGAUCUGGAAAGAAGGACAUAACAGCCCUUCAACCGCUCCCCAGAGACGCACGCCCGACACGGACACCGCGUGCGGUGGAGGAAACAAAAUGCUCUGAAUUCUUUCUUUUACUGUGUUCUGCUAACCCCAUCACCACCAACCUCUCUUGAAGCUUAGGGGCGUGUUAACUGCCCCGAGUUUUCUAUUUGAUUCAAUUUCUCCUUGAAGAAAUAAAAAAGGCUUGACUAAAA